AGUGUCCAGGAACGUGACGGCUUGCCAGUCUGUGCGUCGAUUGCACAACUUUCCACAAGCCAAAAACUCAAGGUCCAACCCAGAGUACCUCUCCCUCCUUAGAGGUGCUAGCCGACACAAAAGGAACAGGUUGUGUGUAAAGAAAAUCUAAAGAAUGGGAGACUGGUCGUUUCUAUCCAAACUUCUGGACAAGGUUCAAGCUCACUCCACUGUCAUCGGGAAGAUAUGGAUGAGCGUGCUCUUCAUCUUCAGGAUCCUGGUCCUGGGGGCGGGGGCCGAGAGCGUGUGGGGGGACGAGCAGUCGGGGUUCAUCUGUAACACCCAGCAGCCCGGCUGCGAGAACGUGUGCUAUGAUCACGUCUUCCCCAUCUCCCACAUCCGCUUCUGGGUCAUGCAGAUCAUCUUCGUGGCCACGCCAACCCUGAUGUACCUGGGACAUGCCCUGCAUGUCAUCCACCAGGAGAAGAAGAUCCGGCAGCAGCUGAAGCAGCACAAAGAGAACGGCACGCUAAAGACCCCCAAGUACACCGACGACAGGGGCAAGAUCAAGAUCAAAGGCAACUUGCUAUGCAGCUACAUGACGCAGCUGCUCUUCAAAAUCAUCUUCGAGACGGCGUUCAUCCUGGGCCAGUACUACCUGUAUGGGUUUGUCAUGGUUCCUAUGUUCCCUUGCUCCAGGAAACCUUGCAAGUUCACGGUCGAGUGUUAUAUGUCCCGGCCGACGGAAAAGACCAUCUUCAUCAUCUUCAUGCUGGUGGUGUCGUGCAUCUCGUUGGCCUUGAAUGUCGCCGAAGUCCUUUACCUGCUGUGCACUAGAGUGAAGUGCAGACGACGAAGGCCGGUCCAGAAGCAGCAGAAGAUCUACACAAAGUAUCCCAGCGGAUCUACCUCGCUUAGCUGGCAGAUGCAGGUGGACCGCGAGGAGGGAAGCCGGCAGAACGAGAUGAACCUUAAGCGGGAGAGUGAUCAGAGUCGGCUCCAGAGUACCGACGGGAACUGGGAUGGGUCAAAGGAGGAGAAAACGCUGCUGAGCAGCCCCUGAGUGUCAAGCGGCAUGCUGGUGUGUCUCUCCUCAAAGUGUGAAAUAUUUCAUGUGCCGCAAAUUCAGUCACGCCAUAGCAUCUAUCCUACAAGUCACAGACUUCAUUAUUCAGCUGAAAUCAAGCAAAUGCAAAAAGCUGUUGUUUUUUUAUUUUAGACUGAAAUAUUACAUUUCGUUCUCCCCAUGUCGUCGUGGGGUUUCCUCCGGGUACUCCGGUUUCCCCCCACAGUCCAAAAACAUGCUGAGGUUAAUUGGAGUAGCUAAAAUUGCCCGUAGGUGUGCAUGUGUGAAUGAAUGGUGUAUGAGUGUGCCCUGUGAUGGGCUGACCCCCCAUCCUGGGUUGUUCCCUGCCUCGAGCCCAUUGCUUCCGGGAUAGGCUCCGGACCCCCCGCGACCCAGUAGGAUAAGCGGUUUGGAAAAUGGGUGGAUGGAUAUUACAUUUCAACAAGAAGUGCAAUAUAGAUGUUAGAUCCGUUACUUUGUACAUGCAUGCUUGCUACAAUAUUCAAUAUUCAAUAUUUAACAAUGUCCUGUAUUUAUAUAAACAUGUAAGUAAUACGAUAAUUCAAUAAAACUCAUUGACUACAAAAUACUUUUUAUUGUAUUUGGUUGCAUGUUGUGUCUGGUGUUUUUCCACGUAGUUUCAUGUCUUUUUAUGCUGAUGUCAAUUGUGACUGAUGUGUGAUAAGUGACUUAAUAUUAAAAAACAAUGUUAAGGUUUUCAGAUGUAUUUUAUGUUGCUUCGUUCCUUGGGUUUUUAAAUAAAAAUGACAGUAUUUCA